UCGAAAGCUAAGCGAAAUUGGAACUGCGUGUCGCGGAAUUUAUCUCGAAAAUAGGAGGAAAACUCACAUCAUGGAGCACGGAAAACCGCUGAAAACCCCAAUUGAUCUACGGGAGCUGCUCAACGGCGGAGUUGGCUUCUCGCUGGAUGCCGAUUUCAAGAGCGAGCAUGUGGGAAAUGAGUUUUUCCACGAGGACGACUUCGGCAGCGGGGACGAGGAUGAGGAUUCCCACAAACAGAUGCUGUCCCCGUGGACCCAGAGCUUCGAUGAGCUCCGGCAACAGAUGGAACCCGUGUCGGAACACAUCUUUAAGCGCAUCACGAAGCGGGGCGUAGGUGAACCGAUCCAGGGCAAUGUGCGCAUCACCCUGGACUACAACGCCUUCUUCGAGAAGGAACCUACCACCUUCGACUCAACGACACUCCGCAACGCACCGUAUUCUUUCACCGUGGGCCAGGAUUCGAUUUUGGAGGGGCUGGAAAAGGCGGUGCUCACGAUGUGCGUCAGCGAGGAGGCACAGUUCGUCAUAGGUUACCAGCUACUGUUUGGAGAGGUAGGCUGCAUGCCACGCAUUCCACCGAAGGCAGAUGCUUUGUUUGUGGUGCGGGUGCACAAAUGCGUCGACGUUGGCGAUGCGAGUGCCCUGGAAACGCUGGAUGAAAACGAACGCCGCACGUACGCGCUGGUGAAGAAACGAGUGGUUGAGAUACGGGCGUAUGCCAAGAACUGCUUCCAGCGCAACAUGCUGCAGAACGCCAUCCACAAGUACCUGGAAGCGGUCGAUACGCUACAGUUGUGCGAUUUGAAGGAUGCAGCGGAAAUGAACGAGCAGCAGGAAACCCUGAUUUCCCUGUACACCAGCUUGGCCGUUUGCUACAACCGGAAGGAUCAACCAAAGGAUGCUUGCCGGAUGAUCAACGAGCUUCGGCGACUGUGCGAUAUAAAUCGCUAUGCGAAGAUCCUCUACCAGGAAGGAAAGGCACUGCAUCGGUUGGGUGAAUUCGGCCGUGCACGUCAGGCGUUGGUACGGGCCCAACAGCUCGAACCACGGGAUGAAACCAUCCAGCGGGAACUGAAAGCUGUGCUCGAGAGCGCCGAGAAGUACACAACGGAAGAGCGAAAAAUCUAUCGUCGAGCGUUCGGCAUGAAGGACACACAGAAGAAGAUGGUCACCGCGGAGCAGCAAGCUUUCGCGGAGAUGGUGAAAGAAUCUAUGAAACAGUUUCUCGAAGAUGAUCAAAGCACGACACUUCCACUGCCCGAUGGACUGACCGAUGCGGAGGUCAGCGUGCUCCGGGAGGUGGCCGACGAGAUGAAGGUGAAGCUGUCGGUGCAAGUCGAGGCGAACAAAAAACAUUACAAGUUCCAAAAGUAACCGUCUGCAUGGCGCUCGGUUGCAAUUUUCCACUGUUUUCUUCCCCCCAUGAUAUUUUCACUUCCGCUAGUAGCUUAAGAACCGAAAACAGAAUUAUUUUAAUGAAUUAAAGAACAUGUUCCUGUAUGGAUUAACUGCAA